AAAAUUCCAACACACGAUAACGCGUCUAACUGAAUCCUAUAAAGAGCCAAAUUCACGCUGUGAAAAGAGAGAGUUACGAUUGAUACUUCAUUCGUUACUUGCUGAAGACUUCAGGAUGAAAUUCUUCGCCGUGUUAUUGCUCGCUGUGUCCGCUGUCUCAGCCAAGAGCCUUUCGGAGAGAAAUUUGGGCGAGUCCAGAGAUUUCAUUUCCGAUAACACGCAUUUCAACUUGUGGACCAGGAACAAUCAACUAGUUUUUCAGGAGCUCAUCAAUGGCAAUGGAUUGAACUUGGCUACGUCCAACUUUGAUCAAAACAAACCGACCAAGAUCUUUGCUCACGGAUGGCUGAUGGACGGUCACAGUAACCCCACUGUUAUUGACAUGAAAAAUGCUUUCCUGCAACACGAAGACUGCAAUUUUAUCGCAGUUGAUUGGGAAACCAUGGCUAACAACGCAAACUACUACGCGUCUGCGGCUGAUACCCUACCUGUUGGCAUUCUCACUGGCCAAUUUAUCGACUUUUUGGUUUCUCAAGGUGUUACGUAUAACAGCAUUUACGUCAUCGGGUUCAGCUUGGGCGCUCACGUCGCUGGCAAUGCAGGAGCUACCGUUGCUGGAACUCUUCCCCGUAUCACUGGUUUGGAUCCUGCCUAUCCUGGUUUCUCAGUGGAGAAUCCUGGCGAAAGGUUAGACACAACCGAUGCCCGUUUCGUCGAUGUCAUGCACACCAACAGCGCCAAAAUCGUCGGCGGUGGUCUCAGUUUCCCAGUCCCAAUUGGACACGUCGAUUUCUGGCCCAAUGGUGGUGUCUCUCAACCGGGAUGCUUCGCAACUGGAACUGAUAUCCUCGAUCUUGCAACUGGUUGUAGCCAUGGCCGAGCUCCAAUUUAUUUCACUGAAUCGAUCAACAGCCGAACACCGUUCACAUCUACCGAAUGCUUCGAUUACGAUACAUGGAAAGCCGGACGUUGCAGCGGUAACGCCCAGACCGCAAUGGGACUGUCUGUCUCCACAUCAGCCAACGGUGAAUAUUUCCUCGACACCAACGCCGAAGCACCCUUCGCUCUUGGUUAAGUCAUUCGAUGAUGACACGAUGUAUCAACGUCCCAUUAUAAUGAACUUCUUAAAAAAUGUUUUUAGCUUUUCCGAUGCAAAAUUGUAUGUUCUUUUGCCAAUACAAUCCGUAAGAGCA